AUGAAAGCACAACAAGCAGCAACUCUUUUAUUGGAAGAGACUCUUUUUCAAGUUGACUUAAGAGCUGAACAACUUAAAAGUUAUUUGGAGAAAGUUACUAACACAGUUAAUGGACAUUCUUCUUAUCUAAACAACUUAUAAAUCUAAUUGAAUCAAGUAUUGAAAUUGCAAGAUUAUGAAGCCUAUUUACAGAGAACAGCUAAGUCGAUGUCUUUACGUGAUCCUGAAUUCGAGCAAUAGAUUUCUUUUUAGUUGGAGAAACCAUUGGCUGAAAAUGGAUCAGAUCAAAUAGAGAAUGCUAUAUGUAUGGUAAUUAACAAAGAGCGAGUAUUCAGUUAAGGAAUGGCUUAUCUAUUCAAGCGAAGUAAAGAUUGGGAAGCUAAACUCAACAAAUUGGAGGCUGAUCUCGCCAAAAGAGCUUUAAAAGAUGAUUUGGAGAAGGGCUUGAAAGAACAAAAAACUAAAUUAUCCGAUCAAAUUGAGGAUUUAAAUAAGAAACUUACUAAACGAUUUUAGGAUUAGGAGAGAUCAGCAACUUAAAAUUAAAAUCAGUUACAAUAAAGUAUUAAUGAGUUAGAGAAGAAAACAUUGUGGAAAAUAAGUGAUUGUGAAAAGCUAUUAUAAUAAAGAAUCAAUGACAAAUUUGUGGAAUCCUCUUGUUAAGGUGUUUAUGAUAGAGUUAUGAGAGACAUAGCCAAAUAGAAAGAUGAAGGUAUUAAGGGAAUUUAAAAUGAAAUGGCUGAAUUAAAAGCCAAAUUUUAAUACAACGAUGAAAGAAAUCAAGACAAUUUCAAAACAUUAAGAAUCCAAUUGAAGGAAAUGAAUGAUACAAUCUCUCAGAAAUAUACACCUCUUGAAAAAUUCGAAUAAACUAAACAAAUACUAAGUGAUAGAACUGUUGAAUUAUAAAAUAAAGUUGGAGAAUUGUCCAGAAAAAUGGAUGCCAUUUUACAAUUAGAAAAAUUGAUUCCAUAAAUCAAAUCAAUGGAUGAUAAGAUUGCCGAUUGUUAGUAUAGGGGCGAAUAAAACAGGAAAGACAUAGAGGAAUUAAAAAUCAAGACUGAAAAUUUUGAUGGGUAAGCAAAAGGGGGAAAAAGUGACAUUGAUCCUCAUAAAGUUUGUUCAUUAGAAGCUGAUAUUAAAAGGUUAAAAAGUGAUUAUACAGAUUAAGAAAAUAAAUUAAGACUAUUAGAAAAUGAAUUGAAAAGAAAAAUUGAUGUAAAUGAACAAAGAUUCCUAUAACAACUAAACCUUUUGAAGUAGGCUCCUUAAUAAUAAUAAUUAUCCAAAGAGGAUAUUAUCUCUAUUAUUGACAAGGAGAUAUCGUAACCAAUGAGUUUAUUAAGAGCAAGAAUACUCCAGAUAGUUGGUUAAGCUUGUGGAGAAAAUAUGUCCUUUGAGAUGUUCAUAAGAAAUCUAUUGAAUGAUAUUGCUGACAUGAAAAAGAAGAUGGAAGGGCUACAAGAUCUUGAUAAGAAAAUGAGAAAGUAUAUGAAAUAAAUGACAUCAAAUGAUAAUACUGAUCUAUAGAGAUAACUUGCAGAAAAAGCUAAUGAAGAAGACACUAAAGCUAAAUUUACAGCCUUGGAAGAAAAAUACAAAACAAUGGCUGAAAAUUAUGGCAUCUUGGCUAAAGGAAUGAAAGAAUUAGAGGAGUUCUCAAACUAUUUAUAAACAUUACUUUAUGUAAACCAAUAAGAAACUGUGAGUAUCUUAACAGGAAAUCAUAGAGUCGUCACUUAGAGAUGUUUAGUGUGUUCUGGAAAAACCAAGUUAACUAAAACUGUAGAUAAAAGCUAAGAUUUGAAUUAAGCUAAAUUAGUUAGGGGAGACUUAAGACCAAAAGAUUUGGUUUAUGAAAAUUCUGAAGUUUAUGAACUAAAUCCAAACUAAGUGAAUUACACGUCAGACAAUUAGAAAUACGUAGGAACUACAGUUGGAUUCAAAUAUCCGAUGCUUAAUCAGAAUAAAGCAAGUAACUAAGAUGAUCCUUCUUCUAGCUCUGGUAGAAUCGCAAGACCCUAAAGUGCUUAACAAAAAAAAUAUUGA